UUCCACGGCUGGCUUUUAUUGACACGCCGAUCGUGUUUUCUUCCUCUUCUUCAUUCCCUGGUGAUGGAAUAUCUGUCAGCAGAUAUUUGUGUCGUGCCUCCUCCUCCUGGCUGCAGAUCAUCGCUGUGUGGGAGGGCAGGGAUGGUCCUGAUCUUUUACAUUUCUUGCUAGACAUCCACAUGCGGACCGUUAUCCUUUUGCAGGUUGUCACCAGCCACUCGGGGAUUGCUGUGCACUGUGCUCCCUGCUGCAUCACAUGAGUGUGUUGUCUUCUUCUCCAUCAUCACACAGGUACUAUGGUGAAAUUCCCAGCACUCACCCCUUACUGGCCACUCAUCCGCUUCUUGGUUCCUUUGGGGAUCACCAAUAUCGCCAUCGACUUCGGAGAACAGGCCUUAAAUCGGGGUAUAGCUGCUGUCAAAGAAGAUGCCAUCGAGAUGCUUGCCAGCUAUGGUCUGGCAUACUCCCUGAUGAAGUUUUUCACUGGCCCCAUGAGUGACUUCAAGAAUGUGGGGCUGGUGUUUGUGAACAGUAAAAGGGACCGAAUGAAAGCCGUACUGUGUAUGGUUGUAGCUGGUAUUGUGGCAGCGGUCUUUCACACACUCAUAGCUUAUAGUGACCUGGGAUAUUAUAUUAUCAACAAACUUCACCAUGUGGAUGAGUCUGUGGGAGGUAAAACACGGAAAGCUUUUUUUUAUUUGGCAGCUUUUCCUUUUAUGGAUGCCAUGGCCUGGACACAUGCUGGCAUUUUACUGAAGCACAAGCACAGCUUUCUGGUUGGAUGUGCAUCUAUCUCUGAUGUCAUAGCACAGGUCGUGUUUGUUGCUAUUCUUCUCCACAGUCACUUGGAAUGCCGGGAGCCUCUUUUAAUUCCAAUACUCUCCUUAUACAUAGGAGCACUUGUGCGCUGCACAACAUUAUGUUUAGGAUAUUACAAGAACAUACAUGACAAGAUACCUGACAGAAGUGGACCAGAGAUGGGGGGAGAAGCCACAAUAAGAAAGAUGCUGAGUUUCUGGUGGCCGCUAGCUCUAAUAUUAGCCACUCAGCGAAUCAGCAGACCCAUUGUUAACCUCUUUGUCUCGCGUGACCUAGGUGGAAGUGCUGCAGCCACAGAGGCCGUGGCCAUUCUUACAGCUACCUACCCUGUUGGACACAUGCCAUAUGGUUGGCUAACAGAGAUCCGUGCUAUUUAUCCCGCAUUUGACAAGUCUAAUCCUAGCAUUAAAUUGGGGAACAGCGGCAGUAUGGUGACAAAAAACCACAUUAAGAACUUCACCUUCGUCUGUAUGGCUCUUUCCCUAACGCUGUGCUUUGUUAUGUUCUGGACUCCAAAUGUAUCGGAGAAGAUCCUUGUUGACAUCAUUGGAGUAGAUUUUGCCUUUGCGGAGCUGUGUGUUGUCCCUUUGAGGUUAUUUUCCUUCUUCCCUGUACCAGUUACUGUGCGGGCCCACUUAACUGGCUGGCUGAUGACACUGAAGAAGACUUUUGUCCUGGCACCUAGCUCUAUUUUAAGAAUUAUCGUUCUAAUCUCUAGUCUUAUUAUCUUGCCUUACAUGGGGGUCCAUGGAGCCACAUUAGGUGUAGGAUCCCUCCUUGCUGGCUUUGUAGGAGAAUCCACAAUGGUUGCUAUUGCAUCUAUCUACGUAUAUCGAAAACAGAAAAAGAAGAGCAGUACAGAGACUGCCGUGGAAGGAGAAGAUUCAGCAAUGACUGAUAUGCCACAAUGUGAGGAGUUAACAGACAUUGUUGAGAUGAGGGAGGAAAGAGAUUGAACAGGAUAUUGGGACGUUUUGUGCAACAGAAGACAAAGCCCUUCCCUGUUAAUGGUCUUUAGUCAAUUUAUAUUUUAUUUGUAUGAAAACCUGGAUUCAGAAGGCUCCAGCUUUAGCAUACUAAGUAUGCUUACUAGAGAGAGAGCCUGACAGAGGCUCCAUGCUUUACAGAUACCACACCUUUAUCUUCACAAUCCAUGGAUAUUUUUUAUUAACUUACAUAUGGAAAGACUUUGGAUGCUUAGUACAUGGAACUGUUGGAUUAUUUCCAUCUGUCAACCAAAGCAUCAUCGUCUGUCUCUGCUGUUAACAAUGUUAACAAAACUGCCGUCCUUCCCACGUCUUAUCUCUCUUUACAUUGAAAAUCAGAAAUGAGUUUUUGUGUUCACUCAUGAUAUGGUUACAUAUUAUGAAGCAGUC